AUGACGAUCGAUUAUACCUACGGUGACGGAAAGACUCAAGACGCAGCCAAUUUUGGUCUUUUCAAGCAGAACUGGGGAAUGCUUCGAGUGUGUGCAACCCGAUACGGACUGGCGGGCCAACCGGAGAGCUCAUGGAAUAAUGGAGCUCUACUCAAGUAUGUCUUCGUUAUUUUGUAUCAACAAGACGAAUCCACUAACGGGCCUAGUAACAACGUCUACGCAGAUGUUGCCUCUCGCUGGGACUGCCAGGAAUAUUAUGGGGUAGACAAAUGGUUCGCGGGGCACCGUAAUGGUGCAAGUGGGCUUGCAAAUCCUAACACAGCCGAUAUCAACAAUUAUAAGAAUGCCGUGUAUUGGAUCCAGGAGCAGAUUGACAGCAACUCAGCUUACAAAUCCGAUGAUACCAGGUUUUGGGUGGAUGUUACUCCUAUCUAG